AUGUCCUCUCCACUUUCUGCUGAUGACGAAGAUAUCUUCGCGCGCCUGCAACAGCGUGCCGAUCCGAAAGUGCUGAACGAGCAGCAGCAGGCAGUUGAUGAGCGCGUUCGUGCCAUUUAUCAAAAGGCGCAGACUCGCCUUGGUGAAUUGCUCGACCAAAAUUCCACGUUGCCAUGCACUAUUUCUUCGGUAGAGGUUCACGGAGCUCGCAACACCCGCCGAGGCUUCCUGGAGCGGAUCUUCGAUCCCCUUCUAAGCAGUAAUCAAGACAGACCCUAUACGCUCUCCGAGGCCUUGCGGGAAGUUUCGGCACGUGCGGACAAGCUCAACAGAUUCGACAUCUUCCAACAGCCCGUUUCGGUAUACUUGGACCAGUCCGAAGUAGACGGGUCGGGUAUCCCGAGCAUUAAAGUUCAUCUCUCCGGCAAAGAAAGGUCCCGGGUGCUGUUGAAGACAGGUACUGAUCUUGGAAAUGCCGAAGGUUCGGCUUAUGGCAACCUCCUGUGGCGUAAUGUGUUCGGAGGUGCAGAGAACCUGAACCUAAAUGCGUCUCUGGGCACCCGAACAAGGUCUGCCUAUCAAGCCACUUUUGACACUCCAGUCCUGAGUAACCCGGAUCUCCGUCUGGAGCUUGGUGGUAUUGCCAGUGCCACGCAGAAGUCCUGGGCGAGCCACGAGGAGGUGCUUCGAGGAGGAUGGUCCAAAUUCCGCUGGGCAAGUCCUUCCGGUCAACAACAUGAAUUCGGCUACAACGGUUUCUGGAGACAGAUGACUGGACUUGCCGAGAACGCAUCCCCUACUGUUCGAGCUGAUGCAGGCGACAGUGUCAAGAGCAGCGUGUUCCACAGCUGGACCAAGGACCGAAGAGAUAGCCCGCUUCUUCCCUCUCGUGGUUACUACGCGAAGUUGUUCAACGAAGUGGCUGGCUGGGGCCCCCUUAAGGGCGAUGUCUCCUUUUGGAAGUCAGAGAUUGAAACGCAAGCUGCAAUUCCCAUUCCGAUUCCUGGCAUCAAAGGGGACAGCGGUAUCAGCUUGACUACUGGCUUCCGCGCCGGCCUUCUUUACCCUCUUGGCCUCGACAGUGACUCCAAACCCCAGCUCUCUCGCACGAACGACCGGUUCCUACUUGGAGGCCCUACGGAUGUCCGUGGAUUCCGUCUCUGCGGUCUUGGUCCCCAUGAUGGAGCAGAUGCUGUCGGUGGUGAUGUCUAUGCUGCAGGAAGCGCCAAUCUUCUGUUCCCGCUCCCCAGGGUAGGCGCGGAGAAGCCUCUCCGCCUGCAAGCUUUUGUCAACGGCGGACGGUUGUUGUCCCUCCGCACGGCUGACAAGAACGCACCUACUUCGGGAGCGGAGGUCCAAAAUGCCAUGGCUUCCACGGUUUCCGAGCUGACCAAUGGUCUGCCUAGCAUUGCGGCGGGUGUCGGACUUGUCUACGCCCAUCCAGUGGCCAGGUUUGAGCUCAAUUUCUCCCUACCCCUGGUACUUCGCAAGGGUGAGGAAGGCCGGAAGGGGCUGCAGUUUGGAAUCGGCAUUAAUUUCCUGUAG